ACUACAACUACCUCAGCGGAAGUAGCACAAUGCUCACACCGUCGGGUCACAUUGGGAGCGUUUUGUAAUGCUGUGAGUGGCUCCACUACAAUGGAAGUAACUAAAACAGAGGAGAUCCAUUUGAGACAUGUGGAAACGGACGUACUCAUUCCCAAAAUGAUGAGGGAAAAAGCCAAGAUACGCUGCGCUGAUAGGGUUGAAGCUUUCAACCAUUGCUGCAAAGAAUCAGGCUUUUUCAUGGUGUUCAAGUGUCGAGAGGAGAACGCCGCCCUGAAGGACUGUCUGACACAACAUUACAAGGACCCAGAAUUUUUCGAAAUUUGUAAACAAGAAUACAUCCAGGAAAAAAUGGAGUAUGAGAAGACGGGGAUCCCAGCAAAGAAUAGACAACAAAAGAUCCCGACCAGCAUGUAACUAAUGCAUGACAGAUUUGAUUGUUCUUUUCUUGAUUGUGGAUGUUCUAGGUUCAGUUCAUAGUGACUAUUGAGGAGAGAAAGAGUCUAUUCAGACAGCUACAAACUCUAUUUAUCAUAACAAAAAUUACCUUCUGUUUUUAAGGAGGUGUUUUUUCUCUUUUUGUCUGUGUAAAACGACAUCACUGAUAAUAAAAACUGUCCAUAGCUUUUAU